AUGAUAGUAAUCAACAGUAACAUUUUUGAGCUUCGAAAAUUUCACACUGCUAAAGAAAUGUCGCAAUCAGACAGUCGUUGGAUACUGAACAAGCCAGCGAUACCGCCCAUCUUUCUGCUUUGUUUCUGGAAUCUGGUUUCGGGACAAAUUCGUUACUCUAUUCCCGAAGAACAGGAGCAGGGUGCUUUGAUCGGAAAUAUCGCCGAAGAUUUGGGACUGAGCGUCGCGGAACUAACACGCCGUCGAUUCAGGAUCGUUUCUGAUUCACCAACGCAACAUUUCAAUGUAAAUAUCAAGAAUGGAAUCUUAUAUGUAAAUGAAAGAAUCGACAGAGAACAACUCUGUGGACAGAGUCUGGCCUGUUUGUUGCCUUUAGAGGUGAUAAUUGAAAAUCCUGUGGAAUACUAUCGUGCAGAGGUCGAAAUUCUGGAUAUAAAUGACAACUCUCCCAGAUUCCCAGACGGCGAAAUCCAUUUGGAAAUUGCUGAAUCUGCAACACCUGGAGCGCGCUUUCUGUUACAGGACGCACACGACCCUGAUGUGCAAGUCAAUUCCCUUCGCACGUACGAGUUGACUCCGAAUGAUUAUUUCCUUUUAGAUGUGCAGGUUCGUGGAGAAACUAAAUUGCCCGAAUUGGUGCUGAAGAAGACUCUGGACCGAGAAAAACAAUCCCAGCAUCAGCUAUUGCUUACGGCUCUUGACGGCGGGUCUCCUGGGAGGACAGGUACCACCCAUAUAUCUAUUACUGUCUUGGAUACUAAUGAUAAUGCACCGGUUUUCGAGCAGUCGCUUUACAUCGUCAGUCUAAGGGAAGACAUGCCACCGGGCUCUUUGGUGAUUAAACUUAACGCCACUGAUUUCGAUGAGGGAUCCAAUAAUGACAUCGUUUAUUCUUUCAGCAGUUACAAUAAAGAGAAGAUUCGUGAACUGUUCAGCAUUGACGCCAUCUCGGGUGACAUCAGGUUAAAGGAAAUGCUGGAUUUUGAAGAAGCAAGUAUUUAUGAUAUUUAUGUGGAAGCCAAGGAUAAAGGUUCACGCCCGUUAUCCACACACUCUACUGUUCAGGUGAAUAUCAAGGAUGUGAACGACAACUCUCCUAGUAUUACCCUAACUUCUGUUGCUAAAGCAAUAGGUGAGGAUGCUUCGAGAGGAACGUUGAUAGCUUUUAUUAACGUGAGAGACAGGGAUUCCCAUGAGAACGGACACGUUAAUUGCCAGAUCUCUCCAAACAUUCCGUUUGUUCUCAAAUCGUCUUUUAAGAAUUCUUACCGGUUGGUAUCAAAUGACCUACUGGACCGAGAACGUGUUCCUGAAUAUAAAAUAACUGUUAGGUGUAAUGACCGCGGGAAUCCUCCACUGACUAGCAACACAACUAUAUUUGUGCAUAUUGUGGAUAUUAACGACAAUGCACCUAGCUUUCCACUGUCUUCAUACACGAUUUAUGUAAUGGAAAACAAUGCACCAGGCAAUUCUAUUGGGAAAGUGACAGCUUUCGACGCUGACAUGGACCAGAAUUCCCACCUUUCUUACUCUAUUCAGGAGAGCCAAGUGCAGGGGACGCCAACAACUUCAUAUGUCGCCAUUAAUUCUGAAAAUGGUGUUCUCUAUUCGCAACGGACAUUUGAUUACGAGCAACUUAAACAUUUUCAGGUCCACGUCCAAGCUCAAGAUGGCGGAAUGCCAUUGCUUUCCAAUAAUGUCACUGUAAAUGUGAUUAUCCUUGAUCAAAAUGACAACUCUCCUGUAAUAAAAUCACCCGAAUCAAUGAACUAUAGCAAGAUAGCUGUACCUCGAUCUGCAGCUCCGCGAUAUCUGGCGGCUAAGAUAAUUGCUUCCGAUGCUGAUUCUGGCCAAAAUGCACGGCUUUCCUAUCAAGUUGUGCGAGCCACUGAUCCCACUCUAUUUGCAGUGUCACGCAAUUCAGGCGAAGUUCGAACAGCGCGUCCUUUAAACGAGGGCGACCCCACGACACAAAGACUCGUCAUAAAGGUGAGAGACAAUGGACAUCCACCGCUCUCUGCCACAGCUACUGUUACUUUUACAGUCGUUGAACAGGGCGUAGGAAAGCACUCAGACUUUGAUGAGCCUCACAGUGAUUUUCAAAACUCUUCUGAUUUAGCAUUUCAUAUAAUUAUUCCUUUAGGAGUGACAUCACUCAUACUUCUAGUUGUUGUAAUUGCCCUUGUUAUCCUAAUUUGGCCAGUUAACAAACGCCCUGCAUAUUCUAGGACUUGCUUUUUUGCGAAAUGUUGCUGCGUCAGGGAGUUGGAAACCAAAGACAGAUUCCAAAAUUCGAAUGCCAACCUGCAGAUUGUGCCUGAUCAUAAAGUUGUUGCAAAUGUCCUUGAGGUACGAGGGAAUGGAUUCUUCUUAGAUGCAUACCAAUAUAGAGUUCACUCAGCACCACGGACUACAACCGAGCUCAUGGUUUUCACACCAUUCUGCCCAACAGCAUCAGGAACUAACGGGAGGAAUAGGAGAGCAGCCGUAUCAGAAUGCGAUGGAACAGUAAUCAAUGACUGGCCUUAUGACAACAAUAAGAUUCGUUACGCCAUUCCUGAAGAAUUGGAACACGGUGCAUUCGUCGGAAAAAUCGGAAAAGAUUUGGGUUUGACCGUGGAGGAACUAUCACGCCGUAGAUUCAGAAUGGUAUCUACCUCGUCAAUGCAAUAUUUGGAUGUAAAUCGCAUGAACGGAAUUUUAUUUGUGAAUAAAAGAAUAGACAGGGAGCAACUCUGUGGACAAAUUGUUAGCUGUUUACUGUCUUUGGAGGCAGUAGUUGAAAAUCCUGUGGAGCAGUACCGAGUGGAAGUUGAGAUUCUGGAUAUUAAUGAUAAUUCUCCGAGUUUUCCGAACACUGAAAUUCGUUUGGAAAUUGCUGAAUCAGCGAUGCCUGGAGCGCGCUUUCUCCUAGAGCACGCGCAUGAUCUUGACGGAGGAAACAAUUCCAUCCGCACAUACCAGCUCACUCCAAAUGAACAUUUUAUUUUAGAUGUGCAGAGUCGUGGAAAAUGGAAAUUACCCGAAUUAGUCCUGGAGAACGCUCUCGACCGAGAAAAACAAACAAGACAGCGUUUAUUGCUGACAGCACUUGACGGUGGAUCUCCAGAAAGGACAGGUACCGCACAUAUAACUAUUAUUAUCGUGGACACGAAUGAUAAUGCACCGGUUUUCCAGCAGUCGUCGUACAAUGUCAAGCUAAUGGAAAACGUGCCAUUGGGCACUCUGGUGAUUAAACUUAAUGCGACUGAUAUGGACGAGGGGCCUAAUGGUGAAGUGAUUUACUCAUUUAGUAGUUACAACGAGGAAAGCAUAUCUAAAAUAUUUAGGAUUAAUGCAACGUCCGGGGAGAUCCGCGUAAAGAGUUUACUGGAUUUUGAGGAUGCGAAUAUUUAUGAGAUUGACGUAGAAGCUAAAGACAAAAGUGCAUCACCUUUAUCUGCGCACUGUAGCGUACGAGUGGAAAUCAAAGAUGUCAAUGACAACCCUCCUGAUUUGAGUCUAAAUUCAAUUUCGCGUACAAUCAGUGAGGAUGCUCCGACUGGAACUCUGAUAGCAUUGAUCAGUGUAACAGACAGAGAUUUCAAUCAAAACGGAUACACGGAUUGUUCAAUCUCUCCAAAUAUCCCCUUUGAUCUGAAAUCGUCUUUUAAAAAUUCGUAUCGACUCAUCACGAAUAAUGUGCUGGACCGGGAAAGCGCUCCUCAAUACAAAAUCACGGUCACGUGUAAGGACCGUGGGUUCCCUCCUUUAUCCACCAAUAAAACAAUUGUUGUACAAAUUUCAGAUAUAAAUGACAAUGCACCACGCUUUACACAGACUUCAUACAAAUUCUACGUGUCAGAAAACAAUGCCGCUGGCAGUUCCAUUGGAUCAGUGACAGCUUUCGAUCCUGAUAUUGACCAAAAUUCACAAGUUUCUUACGCAGUGGUGGAGAACCAGCUUCAGGCAGUGCCGGUGUCUUCCUAUGUCUAUAUUAACCCGGAAAAUGGCACCAUCUAUUCACAGCGCCCAUUUGAUUACGAACAACUUAAAAGUUUUCAAAUCCACGUUCAAGCUCAAGACGCUGGAUUGUCAUUGCUUUCCAGCAAUGCUGCUGUGGAUGUGAUUGUUCUUGAUCAAAACGAUAAUCCUCCUGUUAUAGUAUCGCCUGGAUCAAAAAAAUAUACCAAAUCAAGUGUGCCUCGAUCUGCAGAUCCAGGAUAUUUGGUAACAAAAAUCAUUGCUUCCGAUGCUGAUUCUGGUCAGAAUGGUCGACUUUUCUAUCAAAUUAUGCAGUCCAGUGAUCCAACUCUUUUUACAAUGUCACGUAAUUCGGGAGAAGUAAGAAGUGUUCGGCGAUUUAAAGAUACCGAUCCCAGCACGCAAAGGCUAAUUAUCCAAGUGAAAGACAAUGGAUAUCCAGCUCUCUCUGCCACAGCCACUGUUACCUUGACAAUAGUUGAGGAAAGCGUAGACAUUCAACCGGAUUUUAGUGCACCCCACAAGGAUUUCCAAGACUCGCAGAGAUUAACCUUUUAUAUAAUAAUUUCUUUGGGAGCAACAUCGUUUGUUCUGCUGGUCGUUAUAAUUGUGCUUGUUGUCGCUAUAUGCCCGACGGGCAGGGGCCCUGCUUAUGGGCAGGUUUGUUCUCUCACUAACUGCUGCUGCACCAGAGAAUUGGAAUAUCAGAAUUCAAAUGCCAAUGCUCAAAUUGUACCGGAUUCCAAUCUAACUCCAAAUAUACUCGAGGUUCGUGGAAAUGGAUCCCUUUCAGAAACCUACCGUUAUAAAAUUCGUUCAGCACCAGAACCAGCUAAAAUGUAUUUCACUCCGCAAACGCCAGGAAGUAUUGGAAGGAACGCGCUGUACGUUUCACAGCAGGGUGGAAAUUUGAAGAACAACUGGUCCGAUGCACUUCAUGAGAUUCGUUACUCCAUUCCAGAAGAAUUGGAGCACGGUGCUUUGGUAGGGGAAAUCGCAAAAGACUUGGGAUUGAAUUCAGAGGAGCUGUCAACUCGCAGACUCAGGAUCGUUCCUAAAGCACCAUUGCAACAUUUCGAUGUAAAUCUCCAGAAUGGAAUCUUAUUUGUGAAUAAAAGAAUAGACAGGGAAAUACUCUGCGGGCAGAGCCUUACCUGUUUACUGCCUUUGGAACUGGAAAUUGAUGAUCCUGUGGAACAGUACGAUAUCGAGGUCGAGAUUGUGGAUAUAAACGAUAACUCUCCCAGUUUCUCGAACAGAGAAAUCCGUUUGGAAAUUGCGGAGUCUGUUACACCUGGAACCCGGUUUAUUUUGGAGGCCGCGCAGGAUCCUGAUGUAGGAAGCAAUUCUGUUCAAAAUUACCAACUCACCCCAAAUGAACAUUUCGUUUUAGAUGUAGAGACUCUUGGAAAAUGGAAAAUUCCUAAAUUGGUGCUGAAGCAGGCCCUUGACCGUGAAAAGGAAUCAUCACAACGUGUUUUGAUCACUGCUGUUGACGGCGGAGUACCCGAGAGGUCAGGAACUGCUGAGGUAACUAUCAUUAUCUUAGACACUAAUGACAAUGCGCCAGUUUUCCAACAGUCCUUGUACGCUGCUAGUUUAAUGGAAGAUGUUCCACCAGGCACUUUAGUGAUUAAACUUAACGCGACGGAUUUGGAUGACGGGUCCAAUGGUGACAUUGUUUAUUCUUUUAGUAGCUACAGCGAGGAAAAAAUACCGGAAGUAUUUCGAAUUAAUUCGAAAUCCGGAGAAAUCAGCGUAAAGGGAAUGUUGGAUUUUGAAGAAAAACAUCUUUAUGAAAUUCACGUCGAAGCUAAGGAUAAGGGGGCACCAUCAUUAUCCUCGCACUGCACUGUUCGGGUGGACAUCAAGGAUGUUAAUGACAAUGCGCCGGAUUUGAUUCUAAAAUCAGUUUCCAGUACAGUCCGCGAGGACGCUCCUACUGGGACAUUAGUAGCACUGAUCGGUGUCACAGAUCGGGAUUCUAAUAAAAACGGCCGUACUGCUUGUCAGAUCUCCCCAGAUGUCCCGUUUGAGCUGAAACCUUCCUUUAGGAAUUCCUAUAGACUGACUAUAAAUGACAUACUGGAUCGGGAACGUGCCCAGGAAUUCUCAGUGACUGUGACAUGUAAAGACGAGGGAAGCCCUCGACUCUCCACAAACAAAACAAUUAUUGUGCGCAUUUCAGAUAUAAAUGACAACGCGCCCAGCUUUACGCAAUCUUCACAAACCGUCUAUGUGGCCGAGAACAACUCACCUGGUAAUUCCAUUGGAUCAGUGACAGCGUUCGACCCAGACACUGAACAAAACUCCCAGAUUUCUUACAGAAUUCUGGAAAGUAAUGUUCAGGGAGGUCCAGUGUCUUCAUAUGUUUCUAUCAACUCAGAAAAUGGCAUCAUCUAUUCGCAGCGGUCCUUUGAUUACGAGCAGCUUAAAAGUUUUAAGAUCCGAGUUCAAGCUCAAGACGCGGGCUUGCCAUUGCUUUCCGGAGACGCCACUGUAAAUGUGAUUAUUCUCGAUCAGAAUGACAACCCUCCUGUCAUUGCAACACCUAGCUCAGUGAGCUACAAUAAGACAGCUGUGCCUCGAUCUGCCGAUCCAGGAUUUUUGGUAACGCAAGUAGUUGCUUCUGACGCUGAUUCUGGACAGAAUGCGCGAAUUUCCUAUCAAAUCGUGCAAGCCACUGACCCGGGUCUAUUUCGAGUUUCACAUAGCUCGGGAGAAAUAAGAAGCGUUCGCCGAUUUAAAGAUAGCGACGCCACCACACAAAGACUAGUCAUCCAGGUAAAGGACAAUGGGCACCCGCCUCUCUCCGCCAGCACCACGGUUACACUCACCCUAAUUGAGCAGAAUGAACAAAUUCGGCCAGAGGUUGGCGAUCUUCACCAAGAUUUACAGCAAUCGCCCGACUUGGCAUUUUAUAUAAUAAUUUCUUUGGGAAUAAUAUCGUUCUUACUUCUUGUUAUAAUAGUUGCACUUGUCAUUGUCAUUUGCCCAACGGACGUAGAGCCUGGUCGCACUGGUAACUGUUUUCUUACCAAUUGUUGCUGUGCCAGAGAAUUAGACUCCAAAGCUAGAAUGCAUCACUCACAUGUUAACCUUCAGGUUGUGCCAGACUCCAAGUUAAAUACCAAAGCCCUUGAGGUUCGAGGAAGCGGGUCCCUUUCAGAUACGUACCGCCACAAAAUUCGAUCAGCACCAGAGGCAACCAAGAUGAAAAUGAUGUAUUUCGCUCCAGUCAGCCCAACAACCUCUGGAAAUUCUAGGAAGAGUAUCAGAAUGUUUGCAUCAGAUCAAACAGCAAACACAACGAACAACUGGCCCUGUAUAUCGAGCGAAUGUGAAGGAAAGGGCGCCUUCACACAGAUAAUGCAAACGUUGUUUUUUAUUACCUUGCUUUAUGUCUGGGGUUUUGCUUCUGCCCAGAUUCAUUAUUCGAUUCCAGAAGAACUCGAAAACGGCGCUUUUGUUGGGAAUAUCGCUAACGAUAUUGGAUUAGAUGUAAGAGAGCUGUCCAGCCGUAGGUUUCGGAUCAUGUCAGUUGCAAAGAAAAGGUAUUUUGAAGUAAAUUUAAAGGAUGGUGUUUUGUUUGUUAAUGACAAAAUUGACAGGGAGCAGCUCUGCGGUCAAACUCCUACGUGUUUACAAAACAUCGAGAUUGUAACAGAAAAUCCAUUAAAACUGUACCGUGCUGAGGUUGAAAUACAGGAUUUAAAUGACAAUUCCCCCAGUUUUUCGCAGGAUGUGCUAUCUUUGGAGAUUCUUGAGUCAACUCCACCGGGAACUCGUUUUCCACUUCAGAGCGCGCAUGAUCCCGACGUCGGUACAAAUUCUGUUCACACUUACAUCCUCAGUCCGAAUGAUCAUUUCGCAUUGGAUGUUCACAACAGCAGUGAUGGAACUAAAAGUGUGUAUUUGUUGCUUAAUAAAUUCUUCGACAGAGAAGAACAAGCCGUCCAUACCUUACUUCUCAGUGCCUUAGAUGGCGCGAUUCCAGCGCGAACUGGUAAUGCCCAAAUUAUAAUCACCGUCCUUGAUGUCAAUGACAAUGUGCCUGUAUUUGAUCAGCCCGUUUAUUGGGUGAAAGUGAUUGAAAAUGUAGUCGUCAACACAUUGGUUAUUAAUCUCAAUGCUACUGAUUUGGAUGAAGGUACUAAUGCGGAUAUAAUCUACUCUUUCAACAGUUACACCCCAGGCAGAGUACGUGAACUGUUUAGUAUAGAACCGUAUACAGGAGAAAUCAUUGUUAAAGGAGUGUUGGAUUACGAAGAAGCCAACGUCUACGAGAUUAAUGUGCAAGCCAGGGACCAGGGUGCCACUUCUGUACCUGUAUAUUGCAAAGUUGUAGUGGGGAUUGUGGAUAUGAAUGACGUCGAACCUGAGAUGACGUUGAUGUCAUUAUCCAGCCUCAUAAGUGAAAAUGCUACGAUCGGAACUAUGGUAGCCCUAAUAAGUGUAACGGAUCCCGAAUCUGGAGUAAACGGUAAUACUAGUUGUUAUAUUCGCAAUAACCUCCCAUUCCAGUUGAAAUCGUCUUUCAAGAACUCUUACAUGUUGGUCACUAAUGCUUUAUUGGACAGGGAAACUGUUUCCCAAUACACAAUUAACGUCACGUGUUCGGACGCUGGAUCUCCUCGUCUCUUUGCCAACAAAAUCAUUCCCCUGGAGAUCUCGGAUAUUAAUGACAAUCCGCCACGCUUCACGAAGUCAUCAUAUACAGCCUACGUAUCAGAAAAUAAUACACCAGGUACACCUAUCUGCUCUGUGACUGCUUUUGAUUCUGACCUCGGUCAGAACUCUGUCAUUUCUUACUCCCUUGGGGCGAAUUCGAAGAUUCGAGGUACGUCCGUCAUGUCUUUUGUAUCUAUCAAUUCAGAAAGUGGUGAAAUAUUUUCACAGCGUUCUUUUGAUUAUGAGCAAUUUAAGAACUUUCAAAUCUACGUUCAAGCUCAGGAUGCGGGAAUCCCAGCCCUCAGCAGUGAUGUUAUUGUGAAUGUAGUUAUCCUCGACCAAAAUGACAACUCUCCUGUAAUUGUAUCUUCUCAGACAAAUAAUGGAACGCACAUAUUGAUACCUCGAUCUGCGCAUCCAGGCUACCUGGUUACAAAGGUGACUGCAAUUGAUGCAGAUUCUGGGCAGAAUGCCAGACUGAUUUAUCAAUUGAUUCAAGCUACUGAUCGAACUCUUUUCACUGUAACGCGCAAUUCAGGAGAAAUCAGAACGAUACGGCUCUUUGAAGAGAGAGAUUCAACUACACAAGUGCUUGUAAUCUUGGUGAAGGACAAUGGGCAUCCUUCCCUCUCUACUACUGCCACAGCCACAUUGUCAUUGAUGGAAAUGACUGCUGAACUUAUGUCAGGCAUUAGCAAUCAGCCCCAAAAUAUUGAACAUUCUUCGAAUUUGGCCAUGUAUAUAGUUAUUUCACUUGGGGCAAUCUCAUUAAUCCUUCUGUUGAUAAUUAUUGCUCUUGUUACAACUAUGUGCCACAAUAGCAAUGAUCACGGUGUCGACAGUUUUCCGAACACGUGUUGCUCUAGACGUGAGAUUGCAAACAAUGUGUUGAAGCAAUCUAAUGCCCCCAGUGUUCAACCAACCGCAAAUUUUAUGGAAGUUCGCGGAACCGGGUCCCUCUCUGAAACAUACUGCUACAAGGUUCGCUCAACAACUGAACUAGACAAGAGGAAUUACGUAUUUCUCACGCCUUUCAGUUCUGCAACGCGUAGAAGCGAAACAAAGGACAUGUAUUUCUCAGAGUGCAAUCAGCAGAUGAAACAAAAUGUCAAUAUUGCCCGUGAGGUAAGACAAACGAAUAUAGAACAAACUGAACCCAUUAUACACCCGCCUACGCAAAAUGAUAGGGCGAUAGCUGUAAAAUGUGAUGUUACUGAAGCGAAUUGA